AAUUAGAGAUAUAAAAAAAGUUAAAACUAUUUGAGUAUAUCUGUAUUAUCCUAGGCUACAGGCUACAACAAGGCAAAUCAUUUCAUUUCAAGGUUUGGUGAAAUAGUUUGAAUCGCCCUUUCCUCCGCUUCUCUCUCUAUAUCUCUCUUCCCCCUAAUGGCGAUCUGCUUUGCUCCUCUAUCCACCUCAUUUUCAGGCGGCGGAUGUCAGCUGAAGGCGCGUGAGAUGUGGUGGUCCAGCAACAGUCAGGCAGAAUCAGCAAAGAUCACUACCCAAAGCCCAAGGAAAAAUAUUCAACUGCGAACCAACCGCAAUUUCGCUAUUCGUGCUGAGUACAGCAGUGAUGAUAGUAGGGGUGGAGGUGCUGAUUUUCUUGCUGGAUUUGUCUUAGGUGGUGCUGUCUUUGGGACUUUAGCUUAUGUUUUUGCUCCACAGAUUAGAAGAUCUCUACUUAAUGAAGAUGAAUACGGAUUCCGGAAGGCCAGAAGACCAAUAUAUUAUGAUGAAGGUUUGGAGAAGACCAGGCAGACCUUGAAUGCAAAAAUAAGCCAGCUCAAUUCAGCCAUUGACAAUGUCUCUUCACGUUUGAGAGGUGGGAACAAUGUGCCGACGGUGCCAAUUAAAAGUGAUCCUGAAGUAGAAGCAACCAUGUGAGAUUCGUUUCAGUUUCUUAGGUACCAAUGGUGCUUAUUAAUGGACUUUACAACUUUGGAGAUCAGAUGUAUGCUUAAAAUUGGAUGUGUAACUAUGUGGUCUUGCCAUAUUUUUCUUUUGGAGGAUGGUGAUUUCAAUACUUUGGUUAUAGUGCUCAGGCUUUGCCGAAGCUACCAUACGGUUCAUUAUUUUGAUUACAAGCUAGUGGAUUAAUAAAUGGAUUUCUAGCCUUUUGAGAUUUGUUGGUAAUGGGAUAAAGUCCUGGUUCAGACUCUUGGACAGAGCUGAAUAACAAUUUGGUGUCUUUUGUUCCACCUGAUUGCUCUUUUGAAGUACAGAAGCGCAGUUAAUAGGCUAGUCAGCUUCCAUUAAAAUAGUCCCAUGCAUAUAUAUAUCGUCUGGUUUGGCUUGCAUUUCACUACAAGGUUCUGGACAUGAUUAGAAAACAGGCCCUUAGGAAAGGCAGCUCGCCUUAAUUAGUAGUGUUGUAGAGUUGUAUCUCUAGACUUCACAGUGUUGUUCAACAUCGGAUCAGACUGGUUUCCUUCCUUUUAGCCAGCCAUGGGGUCAAUUUCAAUUUCACCUGCUGUGUGGUUUUCUUGAUCUAUUAUUGAAUGGCAAAGUAUGAUUAGGUCAGUUAUUUGGCUAGAUUGGAGGAGAGCAGCAGUUAGGGCUGUGACUGGAUUCGAUCUUAUGUUUGCCAGGUUGAGUUGGGGCUUUCUUUUGGGAGUUUUCUGCCUUCUUCGUGUGCUUAUCUCUGCAUUGUUCCCUGUUGGAAGCCUUUGUCCACCAUGUUCUGUAAUGUCAUCUUGGUACCAAUAAAAGUUCGUUUCUUUUAAGGAA